AUGGCUCCUAUACGUUUUGGUAUUCCCCUCUACCCAUAUCAGGCCCUCGACGUUAUUGGGCCUCUCGAUAUCCUCGCUGGUAUCUCCAAAAACUUGCUGCAGCAAGUCGCAAAUGCAGGCCUGGCACCUGCAGGUCAGGAAGAACUCGGCGUUGAUAUUGAAUUUUACCAUAUCCGCGACCCUAGCACCAUAGCCACAUCGGCUCAAACAGAUCUGGAACUCGAAAAUUACCACGUGUCAGCCACAACUACGUGUGACGAGUGCCCUCCGCUGGACUAUCUGCUCUUCGGCGGCCCUAUGCCCACCUAUAGGCUGUCUGACAAGAUGACUUCUUUCAUCAAGGAGCGGCUUGCAAAGAACGAGAUAAAAACCAUAUUUACGACUUGCACUGGAUCCGCGGUACUUGCGCAAACAGGUCUUUUGGACGGAAAACGCGCAGCCGUCAACCUAGGCUUUUAUCCCUUCGUACGGAAAUUGUACCCGGCUGUGAAUUGGCUUGGACCAGACGAGGAUAUCAACUGGAUAGUGGAUGGCGAUAUUUGGACCGCAAACUCAGCAUGUGCAGGAAUGGACAUGUUUGCGGAUUGGGUGAUUCAGCAGUACGGCGUGGAGCUUGCCAAAAGCAGUUUUGAAGGCCUGGGAUUCGCUCCUCGGGGAGUUGAUGGCAAAUUUCGUUCAUUGUGA